AUGUGGAUUACUCGACUUGAAGGCCGUGCCCUUACAGCCGGCAUUACCAUCACAUGUGGAACUGCUUUCAUGCUAUUUGGUUUUGAUCAAGGAGUGUUUGGGGGCCUUCUUGGUCUCCCAUUAUUUCAGUCAACCUUUGGAUACCCAUCACCCAUGAUCCAGGGGCAAAUUGUGUCAACCUACGACAUCGGAUGCAUUCUCGGAGCCCUGAUGACCAUCUUUGUCGGCGACAUCAUUGGUAGGCGCAGAACCAUAUCACUGGCCUGCAUCUUUGUCGUCUUUGGCGGUAUACUACAGUCAUCGUCGUACUCGCUCCCCCAGAUGAUAGUUGGGCGAAUUGUUGCUGGCCUGGGCAUUGGAAUGAACUCGGUUGCUGUGCCAAUGUGGCAGAGCGAGACAUGCAAGGCCGAGCAUCGAGGCAAGCUCAUCGCUCUUCAGCUGGUACUCGUCAUUGGCGGAAUUGCCCUCUCCAACUGGAUGAAUCUUGGGUUCUCUUACGUGGCUGACAAUCAUGUCAGCUGGAGAUUUCCACUUGCAUUCCAAUCUGUCAUCGCCCUCGUUGCCAUCGCCCUUGUUGCUUGCAUGCCCGAGUCCCCUCGUUGGCUGUGCACCAAAGACAGGCACGCCGAAGCACAAGAAAUCAUUGGACGUCUGAUGGCAAAGCCAACCAACGAUGAGGCUGUCGUUGAGUUUCUCCAGCGGGUUAUCUCGUCGAUUUCUCAUGAACGAGAGCUUGCCAGGGUCGGUUGGCGAGACAUCUUCACCAACGGUGAGCAGCAGAACUUCCGCCGAAUCGCUCUCGGCGCUGGAACGUCAAUCAUGCAGCAAAUGGGAGGCAUCAACGUGGUGGUUUAUUACAUGCCAGUCAUUCUAACUACUUCUUUUGGCUUCGACAGUCGUCAGGCUCUCAUUCUCUCGGCAUGCGACUUCAUGUCGUUGAUGGUUUGGGGAGGCGUGGCCAUGCUUGUCAUUGAUAAAUGGGGACGUAAGAAGCUCAUGCUCAUAGGUGCCUUGGCCCAAGGAAUUUGUUUCGCCAUUGCUUCGGCGGGAUUGGCGGUUGGCACGAAACCGUCGCAGGCCAUUGCGGUCACAGCCAUCUUCCUCUACCAUGUCUUUUUUGGCCUUUCAUUUUUAUCGAUUCCUUUCUGCUAUCCCUCCGAGAUAAAUAGCCAGCGUAUGCGGAACGUUGGCAGCUCUGUUGCCAUGAUAGCAAACUGGGCUUUUGUCUAUGUCAUUGUGCUUGUCACUCCUAUUGGUAUUGACAACAUCGGUUGGAAGUUCUAUGUCAUCUUUGCCGUUACCAAUAUCACUUGGUUGCCCUUCAUCUGGUACUUCUACAUUGAGACUUCCGGGCUAUCCCUGGAAGAGAUUGACAGACUCUUCGAGAUCAAGUACAAGGCCGAACAGCCUAUUUCCUGGAAGGAGGCGACGCGCCUAGCUAAGGAGGGGGUUUUAAGCAGCAGCUCGCACAGCCAUCAGAAGAGACUGGAAGAUGCGACCGUGGUGCAUUAUGAAUGA